AUGCCCGACGACCCGCGCGAUAACGAGCUCCUACAGCGGCUAGCUGCUCUCAAGAAGCGCACCGGCCGCCCAGACAACGACGGACCGAGCCCCCCAGGCCCGCCGCCCGACCUCCCAGGCCUGGUGCUGCCAGCCACCAAGCCCGCCACUUCCUCCCGCGGCAGCCACAACCCAGCAGCAGCAAACAACGACGACCGCGCCGCCCGCCGCCAGGAGCGUCGCCAGCAGGCCCGGCAGGACUUUAAAGCGCAGCUCUUGCGUGAGCAGCAGCCCCGAUCUGGCUUUUCUUGCGGCACCAUGCUUAACGAGAAGCCACGAAAACUACGACCGAACCAACUAAACUACGAAACACACGAACCAUACAUGAUACGGUGGAUGAGGGCUGGGACGGGGCUGACUGGCAGCUGUCAGGACCAUCACGAGCAACGGGGUAGGCCGGGAUGGAUGAGCCUGGAGAACGCGGGAACCACAGCCACUCAGGGUCUGGACACUGCGUCGUCCUGUCUUCCUCCUGGCCACCAUCUUGGACUUCGAGGGCUAGGACAGUUUAGGUCGGGGUCUGUCAUGCUCGUACUGGUGGUUGAGGUCCCGUCGUGGGGGAGGGCUGGUCGGGCCGGACGCAGGAGUCGAGACUGUCGCCUGUCGUCAGGUCGGCCGAGAAGUGCCGCCGUCCCAGCUAGUGAUGGCGGGCAGAAGCAGAGGCAGAAGGGGGUGCUAGACAGAACGGGAAGCGUUAAGACGGACACGAAGACGGUCCACGUGACCCAGACCGCCGUUAACUACUACCACAACAAGAUCAAGGCGAUGAAGCUGGAGAUCCUCAAGGGCCAGGCGGUUCUCCGGCGACUCGAGGCACAGAGGAACAACUACAACUCGAGGGUACCGUAAAGAUGCCGUAACGUACAGUGGCCAAAACCACUUGGAGCCCCCACAUUGGCUCGUGAUGCUUGUUGUCUCAAGCCUAGCCCCAAGCACAUCCAGAGCGGCCUGGGCGCUGCCGAU